UCACCUUUAUCCAUUCUCUCUCCCUACCCAUUCAAUUCUAUGCUUGUUUUCUUUUCUUUCUUUUUGCUAUCUUCACUGUAAAUAUGUUUUUUUCCCGCUGAAUUCAUUAGUUACUGUAGAUUUCUCUCCCUUCAAAUUGAUCUUUUUGUAUAUUCUCAAAUUUCAGUAUCACUGGAUUUUGUUUUGACAAAUUCUUUCCCUCCCUCUGUUUAUAAACUUAACCACAAUAGGGUUUCAAUCUCUCGACAAACUGGUCAGUUUUUGCAAGUUUGCAAGUGUUUGGUUUUGUUUGUUAUUGAUCACUUUGUGCUGUAUUUAAAUAGUGAAAAGUUCGCUGUACAGAGGAAUUUGUUCGAGAAUGACCCUGGCUUUCAUAAUUAGUAGCAUUUAUUUAUCUUCUUCUUCUUCUUUUGGUAAUAGACUUUGUUUUAAUAUCUUGGUGAAACCCAUAUUUGCCAUCUAGUUGUGGUGCCUGGAUGAAAGCUUCAGUUGGAGAGGAUGGGAAGGGUUAAGCUAAAGAUAAAGAGAUUAGAAAGCACCAGCAAUCGACAAGUGACCUAUUCAAAACGAAGGAAUGGGAUCUUGAAGAAAGCUAAGGAAUUGUCUAUAUUAUGUGACAUAGAUAUUGCCCUUCUCAUGUUUUCUCCAACGGGGAGGCCUACAUUGUAUCAAGGAGAGCACAGCAGUGUUGAAGGUGUUAUUGCAAAAUUUACUCAAUUAACUCCGCAGGAAAGGGCAAAAAGGAAAUUGGAAAGCCUUGAAGUAUUGAGGAAAACCUUCAAGAAGUUGGACCAUGAUGUAAAUAUACAAGACUUUUUGGGUGCAAGAACUCAGACAUUUGAGGAGUUGACUGAUCAGGUUAGGCUGUUGCAAACACAGCUGACAGAGCUACAUAAUAGAAUGAGCUAUUGGAGUAACCCUGGUAAGGUUGAUAGCAUAGAACGUCUUAGUCAGAUGGAAGACUCGCUAAAAGAGUCAAUUAACCAAAUCCGUCUGCAAAAGGAGAGUUUUGGAAAGUGCCAACUUAUGCCUGUAGAAUGCAAUAGCCAGUUUCAGAAUGGAAUGGCUUUACCUUUGAUGAUGAAUAACAUGCAAGAGGCCCAAUCACUAUCAUGGCUUCCAAACAAUGGAAAUCACCAUCUGAUACUAUCCAACGAGCAAAACUUUUUUCCCCAAAGUGAUAUAGAAUGCUCAACUGACGCAUCCCUUCCCGACUAUUCUGGUUACAAUGAUACUGGCAAACAUACUGAGAUUCAAAUUCGAGGACCACUUGAUAACAUUGGGCAGGAUGGUGGUGCAUUGAGCAACUUAAGUAGCAAUAAAUGCUUAAGUGUACAACUUAAUGAGCAAUUCUCGUAUUCUCCAUUUAGUAGUUUAAAUCUGCCUGAUGUUGGAAAAAUGAAGCCUGAGAUGCAGAUGAACUGCCAAGGAAACAAUUCUGUUUAUCGAGUUAAUAACAAUUUUGAACCUCCUAGACCUAUAUACGACAAUGUCCAGCAUAAUUGGGGGUCUGCAUCUGGGCCUUGCAGCAUUGAAAUGUUUAACGAGAACCAAUAUCACCAGCAAUCCAAUUGAUUCUAGUGAGUUUUACAUUAUUUUUCCUUUGAUGGGAAGAAUGAUUGCUGGAAGAAUUAAUGGUGUGAUUUUGUAAUAUGUUCUAGACCAGCCAUUUAUAGCCAGAAAGAUUUUCGGGCAGAUUUUUGAUAUGUGGAAGAAAUCAACAGAUAAAUUGGAGCCAUCUGGAUGUUCUAGGCCAUCCAAUAUGUUAGGCUGUUAGCUGUAUAUAGCAUAUACACGAUACUAAUUACCAGGUCAUCUGUAUAUAUGUUAUUUGUAAAUUCUGUAAACAUGUAGCAAGUAUUUUUG